GGUCCGGCGGCGCGGAAGUGCUGCGCUGAGCGCCGGCGGGGCUUUCCCCGGGCGGUGGAGCCGGCGGCAGGUGAGUGCGGGCUCCGUCCCCGGGCCCGAAGGGAGACGUCCGAGCGGCCCCGGGAACAAGCCGGAAGAGCUCGGGGCCCGCGGCGGGCCGAGCCCCGGUGAGCGCCUCCGCCUCUUCGCAGGGCCUGCGGGCUCACGGAGAGCCGGAGCCCGGCGCUGCCCCCCGAGGACGGCGGCUCCCCGCAGGCGACCAUGGCGGCCCGCAGUCGCCUCCUCCACCGCCAGGUGCUCGGCGGGGCCAGGAGCCGCCGGCUGAGGGCGGCCGGGGAGAGCGAGACACGGCGACCGGAGCGCCGGUAGAGCGAUGCAGACAGCCAUUGUGAUCACCGAGCAGCCAGUCUCUGUCUCCGUUCCUGUUGGCUACACCUUCACUCUGCGCUGCAGAGCUGAGGCCCGCACCUCCCUGCAGUACCAGUGGUUUUGUCAGUGCCAGUCUGUCCGCCACCAGAUUCCUGGUGCCACCAAGCAAGAUUUGCCCAUCACUGCACAGCAGACCCAACUCUACACCUGCAGAAUUAAUGACCUCUACAGAAAUGUGGUCUUCUCUGACUGGGUGAAGGUGGAGGUUCAUCCAUGUGCUGGCAGAGAACUGCUCCCUCAGCUCUGGCAAGGAGAACCAGUCAUCAUCCUCAACCCCACUGAGCAAAAGGUGGAAGUUGGGAAACCACUACAGCUGCAGUGUGCUGCCAUUGGGGUCCCAGCCCCCAGCUACCAGUGGUACCAAAACGGGAACCUGCUGGAACACCAGAAGAAAAAGAAACUCUGGGUAACAUUAUGUUGGGAUGGUUCAGAAACUUUGGCUACUGAGAUCACCCACACCAAAGUCAGUGACUCUGGCACGUACCUCUGCUGUGCCUCCAACAGCUGUGGAGAGCACUGGACCAGCGCAGUGGACAUACGCAUUGGCACCUGUCGCUCUGAGAAGUUUUUUGCUACAGGCAAACUAGCACUUUUAGUGGGCAACAACCGUUACCAGCAUCAUCCAAACCUGAUGGCUCCCAUCACAGAUGUGUUUGAGCUGAGUCUUCUUCUGAAGCAGCUGGGCUUCCAAGUUGUCUCUCUCCUGGACCUGAACAAGGCUGAGAUGGUGGCAGCAGUCAGUCGGUUCCUGCAGCUCCUGGAGAAAGGAGUCUAUGCUAUAUUCUACUAUGCCGGACACGGGUAUGAACAUUUGGGGAGGAACUACAUGGUCCCUGUUGAUGCUCCACAACUCUAUGCCCCUGAGAACUGCAUCAGCGUGCAGAGGAUCCUUCAGAAGAUGCAGCAGCAGCAGACAGCCCUGAACCUGAUCCUGCUGGACACCUGCAGGAAAUGGUACAACCCAGAGUGUGCCCUCUCCCAGGUACAGCCACUGGAGCCCUGGGGCAAUACUGUUUAUGGCUAUGCCACGUGCGAAGAUGCAGAAGCCUAUGAGCUGCAGGAUGGUGAGUUCAGCUCUGGGAUCUUCAUGAAAUAUUUGAAGAAACAUAUUUUGCAGGAGAAGAAAGUUACACACAUGCUGGAAGAUGUAUUAGAAGACCUUGGCCAGGAUCCAAUGGUCACUGGGAAGCAGGUGAUGGAGAUCAAACACACUCUGAAGGAAGCCCGUUCCCUGACAGACCCCAUCUGCCCCACAGGAGCAGCCUCAGAGCGCUGGGGAUGCAGCCACGAGCCCCCAAGCGAAACAGUGACGUUCCCCUGUGGAGUGCAGGCAGAGCUUCACUUCCACCGGCUUUUCUCCAACGUGUUGUCUGUCUGCGCCAAGCUGCAGGACCUCCCGGCCCCCAUCACUGAUGCCCAGCUCAUGCUCCGCCAGCCCACUGAAGUGGACGAUGUGACCAAUCUGGAAGAGAGUCACCCAGACCAAAUGGAUUCUCUGCUUACCUCUGUCUAUAGGCAGGAGAAGCUGGACUGUGUCUUCCAACUCUGUGGACUACAGAAAAUUCAGCAAACAGCAUUAGCCAGAUGGACGUGGUCCUGCAGUUGGAUUUGCAUUACACUCAGCUGAGCACAAAGCAAAGGACUUCUGAAAGCCUACAGAAAAUCCUCCCAAAACAGCUGCUGGGGCGGUUUUUCACCCAAAGGAACUACACCUGGGCCAGCUAUGACAGCACUCCGGCCCAGGCAGACUCUGGGGGGGCCCUGAGGACAGGCAUUGGCCGCAGCUUGCCCAGCAGCAGCCCCUCCAUGUCCAGGAGUGAGCCAGAGGAGAACGACGAGCGCAGCAUGAGUGAGCUCUGCUCAGCCCUGCUGCGGGCUGGCCCAGGGCAAGAGCACCCCUGACUCCAUGUCAGCCUUCAGAUGUUAACGCAGCAGAACUGAGCUGCUUUCCAGCCUCAGCGAUCACCCUGUCCAAAUGGAAUUUCUGCAGACAUCACCAAGGUGUCAUUGUCAUGCCUGGCAGAGGACCUGGCCUCUCAACAAGUCAUAACAUUGGCAGGUGGCACCCAGCAGUGCUUAUAUUCAAGGGCACAGGCUGGUAUUUUCUGCAAAUCAGGGUUUGCUAAGCAAGUGCCUGAAAGCAGGAUUUGCAGUAUUAACUGUGUUGGGAAAGCUACAAACACUACAGUCCUGAGCUGCAGAACAGACACCGUCUCAAAACCCACAACUCCUGACUGUUACCGUUUGUGCAAGGGGUGCAAGGAGUGACCAAGGGAGCCAGAUCAGACUGGGUCAAUAUGUAAGCUUUCCCCUGAGGUUGCACUAGAGUUUUCCUUCCUUGCAAGUUCUGCCUGUGUCAAAGCAGGUUUUAAAUUACGUGUUUAUGUAUUCUACUGAAUGUAUUUAUACUCGGGGCAAGAAAAUGGUUUGCUCAGAAAAGCAUGCCCCUUCUAGUCUAUUACACAGGGGCAUAACAUGGAGUUAGAUCCUAUGUGGUCUUGAGUUCCUCUGACACAGAUUCCCCUAUGUGUAGGGGAUGGAAAAGACCAAGAAGGAGGGAAAAACCUCAAAAAAAAAUCAUCAUUAGUGCAACUAUUUUUUUCCAAAGUGCCUGCCUUGGUGUGUGCUCACUGCAGGCAACUUGAAGCACUACCUUCUGUAGAAAACCAGCUGUCCGGGGAGAGCCAUGGGUGAGGAGGGCCAGCGUGAUUGCUGUUGAGUAGUGUCUUAGGCAGAGCUCUGCAGGGGAGGGCAAUCCAACAGUGCAGAGUUGGACAGUGACCCCACUGAGGUGUUGGAUCUCCAUCCUCCAUCUUGGAGGUCAAAGACUCCUUGAGAAGUCAAGGUUGAUGGGAUGGGGAAAAAGUUCCUGAGCUCUAAAAGAGAGAUGGAGUGAAUGUUUUGGAAGUUUUGGUUCUUCUUCAGCAGUGUAUGUCCACGGUGGGGACUGUCUGUUGCAGCAUGGAAAAAUAUGAAGUGCUCCUUCCAGAUAAACCAUCCUACAAAUGCUGGAAGCCAGUCCAAAGAGAACAGAGGAGGCUUUUAUUCUUGCAGUGAGUAGAGCCAAGAGAAAGAAGAGAGGCCCCAUCUGGCUGAAGUUGAAAAAGUCUCCUAGGAAAAAAUGUAAAGCUCCAAUAAUAAUAAUAAUAAUAAUAAUAAUAACAACACAGGAUGUAGUUUAAAUAAGAUGGACUGAUAGAGAAACCAAACCAGAAAAUAAUAAACUAAUUGAAGGGAGAAAUGAAGAUUAAGUCAACACCAGCAGAAACUUAAGACAGGUCAGUGGGAAUUGCUGUUUAGGCAUUUGGGAGGAGUAGGGUACUCAAAGGGAAGGAUUAUACACACCCUUCUGUACCACUGGGGCAAAAUGUGUCCCUGGCUCUUAUAAUCAUAGCAAGUGUCAUCUCCUGUAAUUAGUAAUCUAAUUCAUAGGAAGACUUUAUUUUUUCUAAAUAAAACACUACUGGUGUUUUUGGA